AUUCUUAAUAUUAUCUAUCAGUUUUACUUUGGCCAUGGCCCAGAUAGUGUGCCGCAUUCUGCUGCUCUGCAUCUUUUUCCACCCAUCUCUUCAACAGAAAAAGAUUUCUUACAUAUCUCUGAUGUCGAGGACCCUCUAUUACUAUAACAACAUCAAUAUGAUAGUGUGUCCUGCAGCCGUCGAGGAGAUCUUGAUGCAGCUCUACCUGGGAGCGUCGGGUACUUCGGAGAAAGAGCUGAAAGCCGUUUUGGGCCAUACAGACGCCAACCAGACCGCCUUUAUGGAGUCGUAUCGAAGCUCCCAAUCUCGGAUCGCCGCGGACAAUCCCCAAUACCGUAGCAUCAGUCGAUUAUACACAGCCAAGAGUAUUAAGAUUCAGCCCCAGUACCAAAAACUAUCCCAGCAAUUUUUCAAUAUCACCGCCGACAAUACACUAAGUGCUCAGAAUGUCAAGACUAUCAACCAGUGGAUAUCCUCGGAAACAAAUGGCAAGAUCCGAGAGCUUUUAGAUCCCCUGGAGUUUAUGGCCGACUCGUCGAAGCUUCUAUGGGUGAAUGCCAACACCUUUCAAGGCAACUGGAUCGGCCUAAAGGGAACCGUACAGGAGAAUUUCUUUGUGCCCCUGACGGAGCGUCAUGUCCCCACUUCUAUGGUUAUCCUCGAAGGGGACUAUUCAUACGUAUUCCAAAAGAAACUGAAUGCCUACGUGGUGAUUAUACCCCUGGCCAACUCCACAAUGUCUUUGGCUCUGAUUGUGCCCAAAUCGUUUAAGGGUAUUUACAAAGUGGAGGACAACAUACAGCAUCUGGACUUGAAUGCUAGUCACGUGAAACAUGUCAAGAUAACAGUUCCCCGCUUCAAAAUCCACUACAGCCAGGAUAUGACCCAAGCACUGAUCGAUGUCGGAGUGAGCCAUAUAUUCACUCACGUCGAUCUCGACAAUCUCACGAAAACGAAGGAGAAACUCCACAUCGACAGCAUCUUGCAAUCAACUUACAUCGAGGUUAACGAUAAGGGAGUGUCGGCUGGAUCAACUACAGAUAAUUUCCACAUGGACAGAGCGCCUUCUAAGGCCGUCAAGAUGUUGAAAGUGAAUCGUCCUUUCUUGUUCGCCAUUGUCAAGGAUAAGAAGAUUUACUUCUUUGGUCGAUUCGCCGGACCCGAUGCUUGAGCUUCACAUCAUAAUAAAUAUUAUGUACAAGCCCCUUUUAAACAUUUCAAAAUAAACAUAUUCUUCUCUUAAA